UCAGGCGAAAAAAUACUAAUACAAAAUUAUAUUUUUGAGCCUACUUUGAAUUAUUUCCUCGUUCGUUUUCUGCUACCAAAGGCACACCCAUAGAAUGAUGGUUUUCAUUUCACUUGCCGUUGACCGAUUAUUUGCAUGCUCCUGCAUAAGAAUUUGUCACAAUUUCCUAUCCACUUUCCACACAGAUGCACACAUUAUAAAUAAGUAGUAACAGGUAAUCAAUAGAAACAACUUGGAAGCCAUAAGAAUUACGCGUGUGCGCGUGAAAGUGACCCAAAAAAAAAGGUACGAGGUUCAGUUCAAUUUCCCUUAACAGAAAAAUGUAUUGAAAUUGCAGAUUCAGUUGGCGACAACUAAGCGGCGUAGUUGGAGUCUUUUCGCGACAAUUAGUGGCCUGUCCAGGCUGCGAGUUUGUUGUGCGAAAACGGAAUUAUAUAACGUUCAAUAAUCGGCGAAAAAGUGCUGGUAGAAUUACCGAGCCCACAAAAUGAAGCCUAAGAAAGGCGCAUUUGCCAACUCGUCGUCGGGUUAUGGCAAAUCGCGGAAUAGCUAUCGCAAUAAUGCGGCUAAGCAGGAGGAGCCCGAUGCCAAGCAAGAGGAGAAGUUGAAGGCAGAGAAGGCAAAGGAGCUGCACUCGGAGAAGGAUUUGAAUUCCGGUUUUGGUGAUUAUAUGCGCUCGCCGGAAGCUUUGGAGAUAAUGAAGUUGUUUGUAUUCGCCAAUACCAUCAUGCUGAUUGUCACCAUGGCUUGGCCGAAUUUCAAAGAGCAGUACUACAUGUUGAGAGAAUGGUUUGAGUCAUUUCAACUAGCGCAAUAAAUUUUUUGUGCGUUCAACUAAAAAAUUAUUUGAAACAGAAUAUUUAAAGUAAUCUUGCAAAGAUUUAUUAACACAUAUAUAUAUAAUCAAAAAAUUAAUAUAUACUAUACACAUAUAUACAUAUAUAACCACUACAUACAUAUAUACAAGCUAACAGCAAGCGUAAAGCAAAUAUAUAUACAUAUAUAAAAAUAUCAAGUAUUUAUCCAUAGUUAUUAAGUGACAA